AUGAACCAACUUGUGAGGACAUUUAGGCCGAAAAUACGCUGCGAAGAACGCUUAUUCUCGAAACCGAUUGUGGACAUAAAGCGCAUCAAGUGCAGCGGAGGAAGGGGCGGAGAUGGUGCAAUCGUAUUCAGCAAGCAUGGUCCGCACAGGCUGGUCGGUCCUGGGCUCCCGGUAGGUGGAGCUGGAGGGAAAGGCGGAGACGUCUAUAUCGCACCCAUGAACAAACAAGACAAUAGAGCAGAUCUGAGGCAUAUACCAGGUUUUGUGAGAGCUCACAAUGGAUCUCUAGGCGAAUCAAGGGCCUCAGGAAAACCUGGAGGUGACGUGUUAAUUAAGGUCCCCCUAGGAACCCUGGUUUAUGAACUAGAGUGUCCACCGGAAGCAGAUCUGGGCAAAGGUUGGCGGCAGGAGUGUGACGGGUGGAAACGAAGACUAAUUACCGAUAUAAAUGAACCGUCCCACGAGAAGGUCCUCCUGGCGAGAGGUGGCAGCGGAGGCCACGGCAACACCAUGAGGACUCCAUACGAGGCCCAAUACGGCUUUUUGCCUCAAGAGGCAUAUUAUGAAAUUGAACUAAAAUCUAUCGCUGAUAUAGGACUCGUUGGACUACCGAACGUGGGCAAGUCUACCCUACUAUCUGCGAUGACGAGGGCAAACUCAAAGAUUGCGGCAUACCCGUUCACCACGCUCGCGCCACACAUUGGGCAUGUAAAAUACACAGAUGGGGCCAGUAUCAGCGUUGCGGAUCUCCCCGGCAUCGUUGAAUGCAGGCUUGAUCAGGAUUUCUUCAGACACAUCGAACGUACCAAGGCGCUGCUCUACGUCAUAGAUGUCUGUAAUACGACUCACAACUCGAUGGAGGAAAGUUUUGAGGCUCUGAGGGAACAAGUGGAAGCCCAUGGGACUGGCCUUGCCGAUAAGCCGUACGCUAUUGUCGCAACAAAGAUGGACAUAAAUGCUGAUGACGCUGCUAGAUCGGUUGAUAGAUUGUUUUGGCAUUUGAAAGCCAAAGGCAUUAGAAGUAUGGUUCUGCCAACCAGUGCCAAAUUCGGCCUGGGAAUCGCCAACCUGGUUCGUGCUGUUAGAUACCUUGUGGAGAAGUUCGCUGAGGAAAUAGCCGGCAAGGUCAAUGAAGACGAUGACUCUCCUAUGCCGAAUCAACGGCAUUAA